AUGAAUCUGGCAAAUUAUUCUUACUACUCUGGCAUGUGCAACAUGACCGCAGAGACGCAGCACUCGCCCUCCGAGGCAAGUCCUGUUGUCAUGUCUCCAAACGUCAGCCUGGACUCCCCGCUGCCUCCGCCGCCUCUGAUGCUGCAGGCCCGGUCCAACAAGGACAACGUCCUGAUCAAGUCGGAGCCCCGGGGGACCAGUCCAGACACGGAGGACGGAGGAGCCGCCGCCCUGGGACAGACCGAGGAGCACCUGCCUACCGGGAGCCGCCGGAGGAAGAGGCCCGUCCAGAGGGGGAAGCCUCCCUACAGCUACAUCGCCCUCAUCGCCAUGGCCAUAGCCAACUCCCCCGAGAGGAAGCUCACCCUGGGGGGCAUUUACAAGUUCAUCAUGGAGCGUUUCCCUUUCUACCGGGAGAACUCCAAGAAGUGGCAAAACUCCAUCCGCCACAACCUCACCCUCAACGACUGUUUUGUGAAGAUCCCCCGGGAGCCCGGCAGGCCGGGUAAAGGCAACUACUGGACCUUGGACCCGGCCGCAGAGGACAUGUUCGACAACGGGAGCUUCCUGAGGAGGAGGAAGAGAUUCAAGCGCACGGAUGUGAGCACCUACCCGGGCUACAUGCAGAGCUCCAGCGCCUUCACUCCGACCCCGAUGGGCAGGCCGUCGUACCCGAACACCCUCUACGCGGGGAUAGGCUCCGGGUAUGGCUCUCAGCUGGCGGCAGCAUCCCCGCAUCCGGCCAUGCUGCAUCACUACCAGAGCUCCGGCCAAGGACAGCCGCGCAUGUUCAGCAUCGACAACAUCAUCAGCCAGCAGACGGUGGCGCAGAGCGGGGACAUGAGCUCCUCCCAGGCGCUGGGGCUGGGGCUGGGGCUGCACGGUGGAGGAGACCUGGGCAACAUGACCUCCAGCUGCUCGGUCACCGGCAACGACCCGUCUGCGUGCUUCCAGAGCCAGACAGUCAACCCGUCGGCCAACAUGCUGUGCAGAAACAGCGGGAACCUCUCAUCCAACCUGGCCGCCGCCGCCGGGUACCCGUACCCGUCAUCGGGCUCUCCUCCUCACCUGCCCGCCAUGACCCAGGCUGGGUUCUCUCCGGGCUCUCAGGUGUACUGCUCCGGUAAUAGGCUGUCCCUGCCGGCCCUGCGCCCGGGCUCCUGCGCCGAGCACACGGAGCAGCUGCUGGGCCUCUCCGGCCCCAUGAACUCCUACAACAACACCUACAUGAGACAGGCCAACUUUGCGUCAGGGUUAGAGCGCUAUAUGUGA